CACGAGUCUCCUCAGCCAUGACUUUGGAGGCGUCGUAUCGCGUAUCGCUCCCCGAGGAAAUCGUCUACUACAUCGCCUCGUGCAUCACCGACGUCGGCGACCUCUGCAACGCAACAGCCGUCUCGCAGCAAUGGCAGCGCGCGUGCUCUCCGCACAUUGAGCGACACCUCCGCGACGUGUACCCCCGCGACCGACAGGAGCUCGAGCUGCGUUUGGAAGACACGAAGAUCAUCGCAAUUGAGGAGCACCACGACGACCGGGAGAGGUGGAGCGACGUCAGCUGGCGCGCGCUUGGGCUGAGCUAUGCGCUGCGAGACGACAAGUGGACGCGCGACUGGAAAGCGGGCAACGUCACCACCCGCUGGGUCCCCCACGUCUUUGAGCGCGACGAUGUCAGCAUCUCGGCGGCUUUCCCCCGCGGGGGCGAUGUGCUGUGCACCAAAGACUACAUCUACCACCCCGAUGAACAGUGGGAGGAAGAUCGCGUCAAGCAAUUCAAGACGUUCAGUUUCGACAACCGACUGGUACCUGCAGCGGGUACAAGGUCUGGAACGUUCAUCCCGAGCAAGUUUCCCGAUGGGGAGCACUAUGGCUGCGUCGACGUUCCUGGUAUGGGACCAGUCCUGCUCUUCGCUCCCUACUAUUCGACUCAGGAAGAGAUCGACGGCCAUGAUCAUGACGACCCGCCGCAUGAUACGCAGCACCAAGUGCUGGAGGUGUGGGUCACGGCUGAGGAAAGUGACCGUUGGACUGGCCUCGGCAGCACCAGAAAGCGGUCUGAGUUCGCUGGGGGGCAGAUCCCAGAGGGCGACUGGAGCGACUGCGUGUGGGAGUACCUCGCGACCAUCCCAUUUCGCAUCGACAUGUGUGACGGUAUCCCGCCCCUGGACCGCGUGGUGUCCUUACAUGUCGACUAUGAUCGUGACGGCGCGCGCACACUCGUCGCGGCCCACAGCUACCAAGGUCGGGCAAUUGUUCGCCGUGUCGCCGAGGCCAACAGGCUGCUGGAUCCGGAUGGCAAGCCGACCUUGGCGAACGAGGACAAUCUUGUGACCACGUUCGAGCACGGGCUGCUGGGCGACUUUAUCUAUGACUGGGGGGAGCCUCUCUGCUACACGUGCCUCGACAAUGACUAUGUCUUUGCGGCACAGCGCUCAGCAGUUGCAGUCUGGUCAAGGGCAACUGGGGAGCAUGUCGUGACAAUCGACUCGACUCUUGCCUUCUGUGGGCCAUUCUUCGAUCUCGAUCAGCCGAGGAUGGAAGAGCAGAGCCGGGUUGUCGAGACGGUCGUCUUCAAGAGGCAGGCCGAAUCCGUGCCCAGUAGCACGACGGCCGUACGCCGAUUCAACAUUGAGUGUGCCCUGCCUGAUGAGGGCGGAUACGACGACAUUGUACACCGCGAUGUUCCGGCAGGCCAGUUCCAGAUCGGCCCCGAUACCCUCAUCCUAGCCGGAGGCAACUUGAUCUUUUGGGCAGAACGCAGGGUGGUUGUCCUCGUCGACUACGCGUCCGUCUUCCGCCGCGCGUUGGAGAUGCCCAGGGACGAGGAGCAGCCGCAGUUCUACCAAUCGCAGGAAGAAGAGGACAACAGGCCGCCCCCGCCCGUUGACCCACGUCUGCAGGAGGUUGUUGGGCCGUGUCUCAUGGUGUUUGGGCUGGACAGGGGCGAAGACGAGCCGUGGAACGUGGUGCGGGCGUUCAAACAUCGCCUGCUAUACGCGACCGAGCAAACCACGUAUGUUCUCGACCUGUCGACACUACCUCGGCUCCCUUCCACCCAACGAUUCAGUAUCCCUGUUCUCGAAGUGAUUGGCGUUGGGCGAAACCUCCGCACGGGAGGUCAUUACAACCAGCGCUUCUUCAUGACCAACAGCUCAGUGUACGAAGUUGUAACGCUCACGGAGAGUCAAGAGCUGGGGUCUAUGGGCAACGGCUACCUCGAGGCGACGCAGGGCUUCCCGAAGAAUGUCAGGUGGCGGCAUGACUGGAGCUGGCCGCUGCGGCCUGGAUGGCAACACGCCUGUUUGCGGGAAAGCAGUUCAAACCAUUCCAUAUGGAUGGCUGGGUGA